AUGUUCUUCUCUGGCGGCCAGUGCAGCCAUGUUGGCAGACCUGAGGAACUUUUACUAACAUUCAAGAUAUUUCUUGUCAUCAUUUGUCUUCAUGUUGUCCUGGUUACAUCCCUGGAAGAAAAUGCUGAUAAUUCCAGUUCAUUAUCACCAUCUGCUGAAUCCACCCAUAUCGGUUUUGUCCCCUUCGCCAAUGGUACUCCAGAGGUUGAAACUACAAGCCUCAAUGAUGCUACUUCAAGCGUAUUAUCUACUUUAAACAAAACAGAAAAAGCUAAAAUCACUAUAUUAAAAACCUUCAAUGCAUCAGGAGUCAAACCCCAGAGAAAUAUCUGCAAUUUGUCAUCUAUUUGCAAUGGCUCAGCGUUUUUCAGAGGUGAGAUAGUGUUCCAGCAUCAUGAAGAAAGCAAUGUCACCCAGAAUCAAGAUUUGACUAAUGGCACCUUAAGUGGAGUCCUGUCUCUGAGUGAACUGAAGCGAUCUGAACUCAAUAAAACCCUGCAAACCCUAGCUGAGACAUAUUUUAUAAUGUGUGUGACAGCAGAAUCUCAAAGCACAUUAAAUUGUACAUUCAAAGUAAAAAUGAAUAAGACCGUGAGCAUUUGCGCUGUAAUGGAUGCUUUGAAAAAUGUAAAGAUUCAACCAAUGGAACAGUGCUGCUGUUCUCCUAAGACCCCCUGCCCUACAUCCCCAGAAGACUUGGAGAAACUGCAGUGUGAUCUGCAGGAUACCAUUGUCUGCCUUAGCGAAGUUGGCCUGCCAUUCUCUUCUUCCAACAAGCCUAGCCCAGUUGCUCCUCUGGCUACAAUUGCAACCCAGGUCACCAGCGCCGUCUCUUUAGCUGAGCCCUUAGACCUUCCACCUGUGACCCAGAGCUCCUUCCCUCCAACCACAGAGAAACACCCUCUCUCACUCCUGCCCUUGGCUACCAAAGCGCCCGGUUCCACAAUUGAUUUGCCCCCUGUCUCUGGAGCCAUCGCUUCCUCUACACCGCAAACCAAUUUUUCUUCCACUCUGCCACUGCCUGCAAAAUCUUCACUUGUCUCUCCCACCACAUCCGCACCUGUGAAUGUCAUCGCAGCCAGCUCGUUUCCCGAACAUGUAGAAAUUAUAACUACAAGAAUUUCCAGCUCUGCUGAACUUGAGGAUCAGGUGUCCCAGAUGGAGAAGACUUUGUCCCAAGGCAGCUUGGAGCCUGACCUGGCAGGAGAAAUGAUACACCAAGUCAGCAAACUCCUUCGCUCACCGCCUGCCUUGCUGGCCCCUCUGGCUCAAAGAUUGCUGAAAGUGGUGGAUGAUAUUGGCUUACAACUGAAUUUUUCAAACAAGACCAUAAGUCUAACCUCUCCUUCUCUGGCUCUGGCCGUGAUCAGAGUAAAUGCCAGUCAUUUCGACUCAAUGACCUUUGCAGCCCAAGACCCUGAAAAUCUUCAGAUCUCCCUGGAAACGCAAGCUCCUGAGAAUAGUAUUGGCGUCAUUACUCUCCCUUCCUCGCUGUUGGAUAAUUUGCCAGCUGGUGAUGUGGAGCUCGCUUCCAGAGUUCAGUUCAACUUUUUUGAGACACCUGCUCUGUUUCAGGACCCUUGCCUGGAGAACCUCUCUCUGAUAAGCUACGUCAUAUCCUCAAGUGUUGCUAACCUGACUGUCACAAACUUGACAAGAAAUGUGACGGUCACGUUAAAGCACACCAGCAUGAAACAGGAUGAUUUAACAGUGAGAUGUGUAUUUUGGGACUUGAGCAGAAAUGGUGGCAGAGGAGGCUGGUCAUCUGAUGGGUGUUCAGUCCAAGACAAGAAGCUGAAUGAGACCGUCUGUACCUGCAGCCACCUUACAAGCUUCGGUGUCCUAUUGGACCUAUCACGAACAUCCCUACCGCCUGGCCAAAUGAUGGCACUGACCUUUAUCACUUAUAUUGGCUGUGGACUUUCAUCAAUUUUUCUGUCCGUUACUCUUGUUACCUACAUAGCCUUUGAGAAGAUCCGGAGGGAUUACCCUUCCAAAAUCCUCAUCCAGCUGUGUGCUGCGCUGCUCCUGCUGAACCUGGCGUUCCUUCUCAACUCGUGGAUUGCCCUGUACCACAUGCGAGGCCUCUGCAUCUCAGUGGCUGUGUUUCUUCAUUAUUUCCUCUUGGUCUCGUUCACCUGGAUGGGCCUGGAAGCGUUCCAUAUGUACCUGGCCCUUGUCAAAGUGUUUAACACCUACAUCCGCAAAUACAUCCUUAAGUUCUGCAUCAUCGGCUGGGGACUUCCCGCUGUGGUUGUGGCUAUUGUCCUGAUCAUAUCCCCAGACAACUAUGGGCUUGGAUCCUACGGGAAGUUCCCCAACGGCUCGCCUGAUGACUUUUGCUGGAUCAACAACAACGCCGCAUUCUAUAUCACGGUCGUGGGCUAUUUCUGUGUGGUAUUUUUGCUGAACGUCAGCAUGUUCAUUGUGGUCCUCGUCCAGCUGUGUCGAAUUAAAAAGAAGAAGCAACUGGGGGCCCAACGGAAGACCAGCAUUCAAGACCUCAGGAGCGUCGCCGGCCUUACAUUUUUGCUGGGCAUUACCUGGGGCUUUGCCUUUUUUGCCUGGGGACCAGUCAAUCUCACGUUCACAUAUCUCUUUGCCAUCUUUAAUACCUUACAAGGAUUUUUCAUAUUCAUCUUUUACUGUGUAGCAAAAGAGAAUGUCAGGAAGCAAUGGCGGCGGUAUCUCUGUUGUGGAAAGUUUCGGCUGGCUGAAAAUUCUGACUGGAGUAAAACUGCUACUAAUGGUUUAAAGAAGCAGACUGUAACCCAAGGAGUGUCCAGCUCUUCAAAUUCCUUACAGUCAAACAGUAACUCCACUAACUCCACCUCACUGCUAGUGAGUAACGGUUGCUCAGUGCACGUAGAUGGGAAUGGGAAUGCCUCUACAGAGAAAAAUGGUGUUUCUUUCAGUGUUCAGAAUGGAGAUGUGUGCCUUCACGAUUUCUCUGGAAAUCAGCAUGUGUUUAAUGAGAAAGAAGACCAGUGCCAUGCGAAAUACCGGAUCGCACUCCGGAGGACUUCAAAGCGGGGCAGCUUAAACUUUAUUGAGCAAAUGUGA